CAUAGCUUUGGGAAAAGAGCAAGAGACACACUAGACACGUACAAGUCAGCGGGCGACAAGAGCGAUAUCUGCAAGGUAGAUUGCAAGAGUGAUAUGAUGGCGUCUGCAGGAGCUCCAGGAGGAAACCCCCCAAGUAUCUACUUCAACUGCGGGCAACAGGGACACUUCGCACGUGAAUGUCCCAUCGGGAAAGGGGCCUUCAGGAACAAUUCAAGACAUUGGCAGUCGAGACAGGAUAAGGAGAGGGAGAAAGAGGAAGACUUCAAGCGAAUCAAAGAAUGGACGAACAAUCAGAUGAGGAAGGAGCAAGAGCAGGAAGAAAUGAAGAGAGCGGAAGAGGAAAUGCAUAAACACGAAACCGAGCGGAGGAAGGUGCAGUUGGAACUGGAGCAAAGAGAAGAGAGGAUGAGACGAAUGGUUGCAGAUGUGGAGAGGAGAUGUGUACAAGAGACAAAACGUGUGAAGCAGUUAGCAGAAGAAGUCGAGCUAAGAACUACAGUGGCAGUGGCGAGAGAUCUGCGUGCAUUCAAGGCAGAGAUAAGAACGGACAUCAGGCUUACUCUGGCUACGAACACAAAGACCCUGAAGAGGGAUACGGGAAGCUCGAAGAAGAUUUCAAUGCCUAUCUGCUGGAUGAAGAGGGGCUGACUGAAGUUGGAAAGAAGCUACCACACAGAAAGACCAGGGGAAAUAGAUCGGCCCGAACAUACGGUGAUUCUGAUGGGUUUGAAGAAGAAGCAAGAAUACAGACAAGGGAGGAGUACGAAUCGUCCGUGAGGAGAAAAGUGUCUAUGCCAGUACAAAUGAAUGGCACAGGGAGAG